AUGCUUCGAACGGCGCGCAUCCUCCAGAGUGUGUACAAUAGGAAUCUUUUUGUUAUAUCAUCAUCGGUCCUCCGGCAGCCAGCCUUCUUCACGCAACUAAACAUCAACAGACCCUCAUUCGGGGGGUUGGCGAAACAUUGUUCCACAAAAUCGGCACUGACCAGCACGGAACCACCAUCUGCAUCCAACAAAGAAAAUGAGACACAAACUACGAAUUGGAACACUAUUUACCACUUCCCGUCGAUCAUGCUUACCGCGUCGCUGAAAAGGCUAAAAUACUAUCCAAUGAUUUUCACCGGCAUAUCCGUUCCAAUAUCGAUGGGAUUAGCGUACUUCGACAUCUGGUCACUGACCACAGCAGAAAUCGUUGGAGCAAUCGGUUUUACCACAACGCUGACCUUUUCACUGUUUGGAUUGAUAACCGAUAACCUGAUAGGGUUUGUGUAUUGCGACGAACGGUUGAGCAAGGUGAAGAUAUCAUUUCUGGACGGGAAAGGAAAGCGACAAAAUCGGAUAUAUUCCGUGGAUGAUUUGGUCCCUAGAACGGAACUGCCCAAAUCAUUUCUGAAGCUUUACUUUCCGGUAAAGAAUCACGAAAACGGCGAUGUGUAUAAGCUCGUACACCAGUACGGGGAAAUCUACGACGUGCAAGCUUUUAACAAAAUAUUUGGCCAUGAAGUUGUUAGCAAGUAG